AUGUGGGAAGCAGGCGACACUGCUGCCAAUAUCAUUGCUAACAUUGUGACCAUAUUUGUGAACACGUUGAACUUGUCAGCUAUUUUGUGCUAUGUUUUGCAAGUGUUCCGAUUCCAAUUAAUGAAAUUCCUCUAUCAACAAAUGUCCUCAAGUCGAGGUAACGAGAAGGGCAGUGAAAGAAUUCUCAAAGCUUUGAAGUACUCUACUUCUACUGCAUUGUUUUACACAAUUAUUGCCAUAUUCGCAGCAUGUAAUGUUUGUUAUUGGACCUUAUGGGUGAUUCUUGUGAGAACAGGAGCAAUUUCCUCACCAACCUAUUCUUAUAUUGUUUCCAUCUCUUAUAUUGUUUGUAUUUUAACGUUUAGUGCUGUGAUUUGUACAGUUGCAGUCUUUGAUUGGAUACUCUCCUCAAAGAAAGAAGUCGAAGUGAAAAGUAAUAGAAGAAGAUCAGCAAAUUUCAGCAAUACGAACUCCAUUGCUAUUACCAGCGAUCCAAGUGAAAAUCUUAAAGACAAAAAGAAACAAAAUCUAGUCACUCUACCAGAGAGCUUGAUGAAUUGGUUUAUUUCUUUGGAUCAACCUCUUUAUUUCAGAAUGGAAAUGAUAAUUUAUAUUGUUUGCUUUAUAUUCCAAGUUCUCAAUCUCAUUAUUGGUAGCUCUAGUUUGUCAUUUAGAUUCGAUAGCAAUGAAUCCUACAGAAGAGCGCUCACCAUGGAUGCUGUUUCAUUUAUUUUUGAAGUUCUCUAUGUCGUGAGCUACUUGUUUGUAUUUGGUGGAUUUGCUUUAAUUGUUGCAUUGAUUUACAAAUUCAAACAAUCUAAAAAGAAACACCAACAAUCUCAACAACGAGAGGAAGAACAAAAGAAAAAUCAAGAGGAGCUUAUCAACAGAGAAAUGCAUAUCGUUUUGGAACAUGAAGAAGGAUUUAAAUUAUUCGAAGAAUUUUGCAAAAAAGAAUUUUCACUUGAGAACUUGUAUCUAUUUUCUGACCUAAAAGCAAAUCCAGAAAUUACACAUGGCACUAAUUUGGGAGGAAUUGUGAAAUUCAUGUCCUUCCUCUACAAUACCUAUGUCAAAACAGGUGCCACACAAGAAGUGAACAUUCCUUCGAAAUGUAGAAACUCCUUCCUCUAUCUGUAUAAGAAUGUGUUGGCAUCAAAAGAUCAAUUAUUAAGCUCUGAUCUUAAACAAUCAAAUGAAAAUUAUGAAGGAGACAUUGAGCUUGUCGAUAAGGACAUCAAAAUUGCCACCAAGAACAAUCCAAUACCUCGCCAAGAAAUUGAUCAAGAGACAGUCUCGAAUUGUUUCGAUUAUCUCUAUCGACAAGUUUUGCUUAACAUUGGUGACACUUUUUCUCGAUUCGUUUUCACUCCAGAAUAUAAAUCUUUCCAAAAGUCCAUGGAAAUGCAACAAACCAUCAUGGAUAAGGUUGGCGUGGUGUAUGGCAUUUAA